UGUUUCCCAGCGGCCUCCGCGGCUCAGCCGGUUUCUCGGGAGCAUUGGCCGCUUUCGAUCUCCGGGUUGCGGGGGCACCUGGGGCGUGCGGUGGUUGGUCCUCGGGCGGUCCUGGGGGACCCGCGGGAGGGCCCCUGCCCAGACGGCAUGCUCCAGGUCUUGGCUUCAGUGGAGCAGCCGAGAUGAAGGUGGUGGAAGAAGCGUGACUUCAUCCUAGAAAGAGACACAGCCUUGAUUUCAGAUCUCCUGUCAAGAGUUUCCGUGGAGAAUCACAAGAAGUGACACAUCUUGGUGCUGAAGUUCCCAUCCUUACCCGGGAAAGACCAGGGAAGUCAUCGGACCAGUGAGGAGAGUGAACCUGGAGAAUCAGCCUCACCUGCUUGGGGAGAGAGGUGAGGAGUUACCCAGGCAUGGAGGCAUCCAUCCAAAGACCACACCAUCCAGGCCCCGGAGGAGACAGCAACUCCACAGUAGACAACCACGGCCGUGACUUCUAUGACUUCUCUCUGUCAAUCCCCUUCCCAUCCCCUAUGGAAGCAGAGAUUGCAUGCCGCUCUUUGGACCCAGAUCCUGAGCCUCGCCGGAAUGGUGUCCAGCGGGAGUUAACCGUCAUUGGGAACAAAUUGGUUCUCCACUGGAGAGCAGAAGAAGCACGAUUCUUCCAAGCCUCUAUCACCACCUUUUUGGACUAUCUGGCUCUGGUGCUGCAGACCAUGGAGCGUUUUGGGUCCCCAGGGCCCCACUGAGAUGCUUCCCCCUGACCUGACCCACUUUUGUCCUUCAGGCUCUUGCCCUAGUACCCCCACAGCUCUCAUCCCCUUUCCCCCAAUGAAGAAGAGCUAACAAAAAGACUUAGCUUAGAAAAUAUGGGAAAACAGAAACCAAGACCCCUCCCCAACUUCCUUCCCUGCUUACUCCCCUCCCCUAUAAAGUCACCCAGCUUUGAAUAUCUCUUUCUCUUCAACCAAGAAGAUGGAAGUUGGAGCAGGAGGGAUCCUGGUUCCAGUAUGAACUUGUUGCAGAAAAAUAAAUCUCAUUAUACCAACACACACAAACCCCAAACUGACUGAUCCCUUAAUAAGGUGCAGUCAAUGCUGUGCUUUCUCCCAUUACAGACAUCAAAUUUGACUUAAAACUUGAAUUGCAGAAGAUAAUGGGGGGGUUUAUGUUGUUUUUCUGGGGGUCUAGGGGUUGCCUUUAACCCUCGGGGACAGUUGGUGAAUAGGCUAGAGAUGAUCCAGUAAGAAGAAAGGAACAUUGUAGAUACUUAUAUGUGUGUAUGUUGGCCCUCCCAUUAGAAUGUAAGCUCCUUGAGAGGAGGAACUGUUUUGAUUUGGUUUUUGUAUCCUUGGCCUUUAGUAUAGUGCCUGAAACAUAGGAAGCACUUGAUAAAUGUUUGUUGAAUGACGGGAGUAGUUGGAAGGACUUAGAGAUGCAUAGGAUUUCCCCUCAGCCUCUUUUGGCCCUUCCCUUCCCGAUCAGCAGAAUGGAAUACAUAGCUGCAUUGGGGUUCUUCCUCUCCUCCCUGCCUGGUGCGAGACGCAUGUAGGAGUGCUGUGCACCAGCUUGCUCACUCUCUUUCCCCUUCUUUUCUCUCUCCUGCCCACUGUCCCUGUCUUUCCCUCCCUGUAGCUCUUUACCCCUUCCUCCUUCCCACCCCUUGUCUCCCUCUCCUUUGGUUAAGGGUAGGAGGUAGGAGGUUCAGCAGAGCCCAGAAGAGGGAACAGAAUUCUUUUUCCAAGUGACUUUUCGUGUUUGUAUUGAGUUGGAUAAUUCCCUCAAAGUCCAUGUUGUUUCAAAUUCCUCAUUAAAUUUUCCCUCUUUCAAACAAAA